AUGACCGCUUUUGACCCGUGGUCCAGCUGCGUGGCCGCUCCGCCGGACCCUAUUUUGGCGCUUGCUGCAGAAUUCGCGAAUGACCCUUUGCCCAAUACGGAGAAAGCCAACUUGGGUGUCGGCGCGUACCGCGACGAGGAAGGCAAUCCAUGGAUCCUUCCGGUGGUGCGCAAGGCCGAGCAAGAGAUUGUGUCGGACCCAUCGAUGAACCACGAGUACUUGCCAAUCGCUGGGUACGCGCCGUUCUUGCAAGCUAGUGCACGCCUGCUUUUUGGCAAGGAUGCAAAAAUCAUCAACGAGGGACGUCUGGCGACGAAUCAGACGAUCAGCGGUUCCGGUGCAAACCAUCUGGGCGCCGAGUUUGUGCAACGGUUCUACCCCUUCCCCACCGAGCGCAAGGUAAUCUACGUCACCGAUCCGACGUGGCCGAACCACUUUGCCAUCUUCCGCGGCGGGGGCCUCGAAACGGAGACGUACACAUACUACGACCCGAAGCAUUACGCGCUGGACUUUGAGGGCAUGAUCAAGGCGCUGCUGGGGAUGCCGGACCGCAGCGUUGUCCUGCUGCAUGCCUGUGCACACAACCCCUCUGGUGUGGAUCCCACCCAGGAGCAGUGGCAGCAGAUCGCGGCUGUGUUCCAAAAAAAGCAGCACUUUGCCUUUUUCGACAGCGCCUACCAGGGCUUUGCCUCGGGCGACUUUGACCGCGACGCAUACGCCGUGCGCUACUUUGCUGAUCACGAUAUUCCGAUGCUCGUGUGCCAGAGCUUUGCCAAGAACGCUGGACUGUACGGCGAGCGUAUCGGCGCGUUGCACGUCCCUGUGAAGAGCUCGAGCGAAGUCGCGCCUGUGCACAGCCAGCUGAACUCGAUCCAGCGCAGCGAGCUUAGCUCUAUGCCCGCGUUUGGCGCGCGCAUUGUCGCCAAACUGAUCAACAACCCCGAGUUCUUUGCAGAGUGGCAGCAGAACGUGAAGACCAUGGCGGGCCGCAUUGAAGAGAUGCGCAAAGCACUGUACAGCUUGCUCGUCGACGAGCUCAAGACCCCGGGCUCCUGGAAGCAUAUCUUGGAGCAGACGGGCAUGUUCUCUUUCCUCGGCUUGGACAAACAGCAGUGUGCGCGCCUCGUCAAGGAAGGCCACAUUUACUUGGUCGCCACCUCGCGUAUCAGCAUGGCGGGCCUCAAUAAGUACAACUUGAAACUUGUGGCUACCUGGAUCGACCGUGUAGUCCGCUCGGAAACAAAGCUGUAG